AUGAUUCCAAGGGCGCGCCCUGAAGAUAUGAAGUAUUUCGGGGGCGCCCCUGGUACUUCGGAGGCUGGCUGCUGGCGGAGUUCUCGCGGGAGACCCCGGAGGACACCGACGGGAUACCAGGCCCAGCUGAAGGCGGAGGAGGGCUGCGAUCCAGUCAAGAAAACCAUAUCGAAGCGCUCGGGCGGUGAGAUCGCCUGCUCCAUCAUCCCGUGCACGAGCGCCGCGCAGCGGACCUGCCAGACCAAGACAGCAAGGAGGGCGUCGCCCCGCACCCCACGGACCGGCACAGUAAGGGCACGGCGGCGGCGACGGUCGGCGAGACGCUGGCGCUGGGCGCCAGGCCCACCGACGUGCUGCACGACUUCGAGGGUUGCGGGCGCCUUGGGCGCGCCGAGACAUUUUGACAUCCUGCGCAUCAUGCUGGGGGCGGUCGCGCGGCAGCCAGGAGGUCGCCACGAUGCAAGUCGAGAGAGGAGCCGUUUCGUCGAGGAGCCGAAGCGCGGGGGCAUUUUGAUGAGUGACUUGCGCGAGAGCGAAAGAUGGCAUUUCGAGGUGUUGAGCCCGAUCCGCCGCCAAAGAAUCCGAGGGCACAGCUUGAGGAUAUAG